AUGGCAAAAUCGCUCGAGCUCAAGGAGCAAGGCAACCGCUACUUCCAGAGCGGGGACUACCUGGCCGCAGAGGGCCUGUACUCGAAAGCCAUCAUCGCCGACCCCCAAAACCCAACCCUCUACACCAACCGCGCCAUGUCGCGCCUCAGGCUCUCCCUCUGGGAAUCUGUCAUCGCCGACUGCCAAACGUGCCUCUCCAUCGCCCCCGACUCAAUGAAGGCGCACUACUACCUCUCGCAGGCCUUCCUCCACACCAAGGACUACGAGUCGGCCCUCGUCCAUGCCCUCCGCGCCCACGAAAUAUGCUCCAAGACCAACGACAAGUCCCUCACGCAAAUCACCGCCACUGUGCUCAGGUGCAAGAAGGAGCGGUGGGAGCACAGGGAGAGGCUGCGACCCAAGGAAGCCCACGUUCUGGAAGCCACCGUCCUGGACCUGUUGGCCAAGGAUGCCGACGAGAUGCUUGCCGACCCCUCCAUAGGCGAGUUCGAGAAGGGCCUGAUCCGGGAGGACAACGAGCAGCGGAUGCAGCAGGUGAGAAGUGUUUUCGAGCGCGCGAGGACCCAGCCCGACAGGAAAAGAGAGGUCCCCGAGUGGGUUAUCGACGACAUCAGCUUUGGCAUCAUGGUCGAUCCCGUUAUGACAAAAACGGGAAAGUCGUACGAACGCUCAGCCAUCAUGGAACAUCUCCGACGCCAGCCCACUGAUCCCCUGACACGGGAGCCGCUUGUCCCCUCAGAACUCAGACCAAACCUUGCUCUACGCCAAGCAUGCGAAGAUUUCAUCCAGGAGAACGGCUGGGCUGUGGACUGGUGA